CAUCCGCACCAACUAAUAGCGAUCUCAUCACAAGCAUCAUUUAUGUCUUUAAUGCUCUGAGAAGAGGAGUAAGUAGAGAUGUGGUAGUGGUAUAUCUCACCUUUACUAACCUGGUUCAUGUGAUUGAUUACACAUGAAACUCAUCACUUGCAUCAAAUUCUCUUUACUUUUUUUGGUUUUGUUUUAUUAUUCUGACAAAGUCUUCUUGCAGACUAAGGUAUUGGUUUAGAGCAAAGGGAAAGCUUUCUGAUGACCAAGCCUUGCAUCGAUGUGUUGUGGCAUUUGCUUCGGAUUUGAUAUUUGCAAGUAUCAGUUUGAACCCUCACCGUAUAGCUGGUGAAUUCUUCUUAUAACAAAUUGCUGACAGAAUUCGGAACACACAUAAAAAGAAAAAGAGGACGUCCACUCGGAUCACGCAACAAACCAAAAGUCCACCAGAUAUGCAAUCCACCAGCGUUCAAACCAAAGUUUUAUGAUUGUAAGUUUAAGUGAAUUAUAAUAAUAUAUUUUUUUUUUUGUAACUGAUAAAAUAAUAUAUUCUUCACAGUAUCUUUUCAUAACUAAUUGAGUUAUCAAACUUGAUCGCAUAGGUGGCUUUGAUAAGUGUGACCUUUAUGGUGUACAAUUCUUUUCAACCUAAAAACAUUAUUGUUCCUCAAUAUCUUUCAUUCUGCUUGACUGCAACAAAAUAUUUUCUCAUCUGUUUUUCUUCCUUUAAACUAAUUUAUUAUCAUCUAUUUCCUGACAUUUUAAUCCAUCCACCUAUGUCAAAAACUUAUAGAAAAUGUCAACUUCCAAAAAAAACAUAAUUGAACUUAGCAAAUAAAUUCUUAAUAAUAUUAAAAAAUGUUACUUAAUAAUUUCUUCAGCCUCCAUUUUCCGCGCGUAGCGCGGACAAAGACUCUAGUCUAUAUUAACAAGGUUAAACACACUCUUUUCAUGCUCUCCUCACUUUAUCAAAGAGGCUACUUACAAUAAAAAUAAAUUAAUAGAAAAAGAAGGAACUUUCAUAAAAAAAAAUUCAUUAUGAUAUUUAUUUCACAUUUCAUCAAACUCAAGACAACUAAAAUAUAUAACAGUUAAUCUGACAUAAAUUUCCACACUUUAAUCACUAAAAUCAAGUUUUGAGAAAUAAAUAAAAAUAACAAAAUCUCAAUAAAUGAUUAAUAUAUAUUCCAAAAUUAAAAUUAAAAAAAUAGUUUGAAAGACAAAAUAAAAAGAUAUAACAAAUAUAUAGGAACUUUAUCGAAAUAGAUAAUUUAUCCAAAAUACAUAAUAUAACACCGAAUACAUAAAUUUUUAAAAAAGAUUGGAGAAAUUAAUAACAACAAAAAUUAAAUUAAUAAUCCAUUUACUAUAUUGUUUUCUUGCAUUUCGUGAAACCAGUGUAGACAAAAAUUAAAACCAAAAAUAUUGUAACUCAUCUAUUUUUCUUCUUUUUUUGCUUUAAAAUAAGGCCAAGAAAAACUAAUAAAAUUAUUGAAAACUAUCACCAAAAAUAAUACAUAAUUAGAACCAAAAAUUUCAAAAUAGUCAGAAACAAGCAAUAAAAAUAUAAAAGAUAUAUUUGCGUGAAUAGUGAGAAACUCUAUAAAAUAGAAAAUAUGAAUGAUGUAAAGCACAAAUCUGAAGUUAUUUUCCAUCUUUAAUUAUCUAAAACAUACUCCAUUUAUGUAUUCAAAACAUAUAAUAUAUAACUUAAGUUGUUUUUCGUUAAUCAAGUAAACAGGAUGCUAAUGAAUGACAAUAAUUUAAAACAUAUGAUAUGAGAGCAAUUGUUUGACCGAAAAUUAAAAACAAAUCACAUCCAUAUAAAACAUUUGUGAAAUGAUAAACUUAAAUAAUUAAAUAAACUCUCGCAAAACGUGGACACACCUCAAGAGAAAAACAAUUCGAUAAGAAUAUUCAGCAUGCUUGAUCAUCCUAAAUAAAUUCAGAGUAAAAUUCACUUAGUGUUUGUAUACUUCAUUUGAAACGUUUUAAUUCAAUAUAGUCUCAAUAAAAAUUCAAAAUUCGGUAACUAUUAUGUACUAUGCAGGUGAUACUUAAUAGUUUAUUUAUGUUAUAUAAAUUAAAUAUAUAUUCACUAGUCAAACCAUAACAAGCUCAUCAUCAGCAUGGAUGGCAAAAUGUUGGCUGAUUAUUUCCAUGAAAUGUUAGGAAUUGAAAUCAUGUUUGGUAUAAGUUCCUUUUGGAUUUUGAAUAUUUCGGGUUCUAUCAUAUAUGCAGUUAGGUUUGAGUUCGGUUCAGAUAAAACUCAUAACCCAAAAUACCAUAAAAGAACAUCCAUUCGGUAUUUAUGUCAGGUUCGGAUCAAUUCAGAUUUUUGGGUUCAGUUUUAUUUUCACAACCCUACAUUUUUAUUUUUCGAACAUCAACUUUACUUUAUGUUUAAAGUUUAACUAUAUUAAUUUUAUUACGACUAUCAGGAAUUUAUUCUAUUUUUAUUGAAUCGAUCAGUAAAAACUACUUAUGCUAUUCAUCUUUGACCUAACCAACUUCAAAACAAAGUGAUACACUACGAUCGCUAACCACUAUCAAAUGAAUCGGAAAAGUUAUCAUUCUUUUUCCACAUAUUUACAUCUUUAUAUAUUUUUUAAAAAAUAUUUACUAAAACAAUAAAUUUAAUUUAAAAUUCAUUAAAAAUAAAACAUCUGAACCUUGCGCGUAGCGCCGGAAUACCAUUAGUACUUAAGAAAACUUUAAUGUUAUUAAUUAUUUGGUUCAUAUACUAAUAGUUAUUUUUUCUAAAAAUAUGAACUCUUCUUAGUUAUUUAUUUAUCAGAUUAUAUGAUUUGUAAUAUAAACAAAAAAAAUAAUCUCUACAACUCUCGCCGGCGCUUACAAAAAUUUCCCCUAUUAUAAGUGAACAACAUAAAUAUGUUCAUAAUUUGUAUCAAAUAUAUGUGGCCAACUAAUGUCUCGCCGGCGAGAUUUAAAAGAAAUUUGGUAGUAGUGAUGUUACUAUAUCUGGACAGUUUUGUGAUUUUGCCCCUUUUGACUGAAGGGGAAAAUCUAAAGCAUCCAUUAAUCGCUUCUUCCCUUUCUAUCUGUAAUCUAUAUUAACAAGGUUAAAACACUCUUUUCAUGCUCUCCUCACUUUAUCAAAGAGGCUACUUACAAUAAAACAAAAAAUUUAUCUACUCUGAUUCUGCUGUCUCAUUUUCUGUCUUGAAAUCAAGCAAACACUUUGAUCAGAGCAAGAAAUCAAGUAAAAUCACUUUGAUCAAGCAAGAAAUCAAGCAAAAUCUGCUCCAUAGAAUUACGGUUGAGUCGUUGGAUAGAGGAAAUUUUUGGAUUAAACCACUUUGAUCAGAGCUAUGAAUACAUGGAGAAUAACGGAUCAUCUAAGGUAUAUAAAGUAUUAUAAAACAUUGUAAAUUCAUCAUAUAGUGUGUAACAAGCAAACACUGGUCAUCGCGGGAAGGGACAUCAAACAUUGUAAAUUCCUCAUACAAACUUAUCUACGGCCCAGUUCUUGAGAGAUAAUUUACUGAUAUGAUUCAUCUAAGACGCUCCUCCUUUUGAAGAGAAUUAAAGUCUAAAAAGUUUCAUCUUGUGGCAUAAACCUUAAAAUGUCUUUGGCGUUGGUGAAUCUAAGCAAGAACACAUGCAUUUGCUACUGGUUAAUAUCCAUAAUGUGAUAUGGUCAAGCACCAUUUACUGCUUUGCUAGUGGAGAAUCUCAAGACUCAGAAGAAGACGACCAAUAUUCACGUACAAAAAUUAUAAAGAACUCCAUUUAAUAUCAUAAGAAUUAAAAUAAAAAUAAUGGAGUAAAAUAAUUCUAAUUGAAUUUCCAUUAAUGAAUUCUUCAAUCCAAUAACAACCCCUUAGUGGUCAGAAGCUUCUAAUUGAAGCAUUUCACUCCUUGGCGGAAUAGUGACAGAGUAGAAUCAGAAUGUAACUCUCUGUGAUGAAUACUCCCACAGACAAACAAGCUCAAAUCAUCUCAUCACCUUCGACCAUUGCAUGAGACUCCUACGUCUUAGUCGUGUGAACUAGAUCCAUGUACAUUGACUAACUUGUAAACAUAAGCAAAAGAUCCACUCCAACUCUGUUCAUCCGAUUUAUCUUUGACAAACCAAAACAUCACUGACUACACUUUGUAGGACAAACAACUCCUCCCAGAUCAAAAGGUAAGUGUUUGUAACAUCACCAACACAUCUCUGUAUCACUCUCCUUAUCAAAACAUCUUCACGACAUGUCUUCACACUAUUCCACUUAGUUAGCUUAGUCAAGACACCACCAGGUUCAGGGCCGGCUUAGAAUUGUAUUAGGCCCUUGGGCAAAAAUAAUUUUUACACAUGAUAGUUAAUUAAACUAAGAUUAUAGGGCCCUACUCUAAAAAAAAAAAAAAAAGACGGGCCCCUUCUGUUAUUGAAUUGAUUGGCUUUUGGGGUGGGCCCUAGGCGAGUGCACUCCUUGCCCUCCCUGUUGAGCCGGCACUGACCAGGUUCCCACACUCUAAUACUAAGAGACAGACCCGAGAGUCCCUUUACCCAUGACCAAAUUUCCAUUAUCCAGUGUGAUCCCUGAUAUCAUUGAUUCCAUGAGCUUUUGUUCAAUUUUUUUUAUAAACAGUAACACUUUAUUUCACCUUAAUAAAACGCCAAAUCAAAAACACUUAAGUGUGAAGAAGAGAAUUCUAGAACAAGAUUGAGCAAUUUUACCAGAAAAUUCAUAGGAAAAUAAAAUAUCAGAAAAGAGCAAGAAUAAUAAGCUAACAAACUUUUACAAUUUUUCUUAGGUUAAUCUCAAAGCGAAAGCGUAUUUCUGCUUUAUACUUCUUUGUUACUCUCUCAUUAGCUGAUGUGUCUCAUUGGUAGCAUUCUCUUGUAUUAGAGCAUGUGUAUACGAAUUCGUAUAUGUAGCUCAUACUACAUGCAACUUGUUUCCUUGACAUUGCUGGAAUAAUUUUGGAUUCGUUUGACUAAUAGUGUGCAUGUUUCUCGUUUAUUUAGGACUCUACCUUCAAGUACCACAAGACUUUUCUGGAUCUGUCUCUGUUUAUCUGUGUUGGUAAAUGCAAGCCUAGAAGAUGAGGGACCAGAUUACUUGGCUAUGGCAGCCUUGAGGGCGUCUUUGCAUCGUCCAGACGAUAUUGAUUGGACUAGCUCAGAUUACUGUACUUGGACUGAACUGGAUUGUGACAAUAACAGCCGCGUCACAGGCAUACGGCUCUCCAACAAAGGAUUCGCAGGAAGCCUACCUCCGGAGUUAGUUAACCUGACAGCUCUGCGAGUUUUCGAGAUAACGAGCAAUCAGAUUUCUGGAAUCAUUCCUACAGGGUUUACUGAGCUGCAGUCUCUGCAAGUGGUUGCUCUCUCCAGUAAUUUGCUUCAGGGACCAACGCCAAAGUUUAACUCGAUGGUUCGAGUUGAUAUGAGUCUAGGCACGAACACUUUUUGUUUAGAUUCUCCUGGCUCUCCAUGUGACCCCAUCGUUCAGACUCUCCUUUCUAUUGCUGGGGGAUUUAACUAUCCCCUAGAAUUUGCAAAGAGUUGGAAAGGGAACAACCCGUGUCAGGAUUGGUUUGGGAUAACCUGUAUAGAGGGUCGAAUCGUUUUUUUCGCCGUGCCAUUCAGACAACUAACAGGUAGUAUCUCUCCAAGGUUUAGAGACCUCGACUCUCUUCAGUUGAUUGACCUGUCGUAUAACCGUCUGGCUGGUACUAUUCCCGUUGAUAUAACUAAGUUGAAGGAACUCAGAGUCCUGGACGUUUCUCACAAUCAGCUUCACGGAAAGGUGCCAGAAUUCAAGAUAAAAAACGGGAAGCCAGUGAUAAAUACUAAAGGCAAUUUGGAGAUUGGGACUGACAUCAGUCCGGGGGUUCCUUCACGUAAGGGAAACAUGAAUAUCAAAAUCCUCGUGGGAAGUUUGACUGCGAGUUUGGUUGUCGUGUUGCUGGUUGUCGCGGGGUUCAUUGUUUAUCUGGUUUAUAAAAUGAAGAAGGAUCUCGUGCAGUCUUCUGAGCACAUCGAGAUCGAGAUGCCUGAGCACAACGAGAUCGAGAUGCCUGAUCACAACGAGACCGAGAUGCCUGAGCACAGCGAGAUCAACAUGGCUGAGCACAAUGAGAUCAUCGAGAACAAAGCAAUACCAAUGCAGAUUCUCAGAGUUGAAACAAACAACUUUGGAGUUGAGAAUUUACUCAGAGAAGGCGGGUUCGGAUCCGUAUACAGAGGUACACUGCACGAUGGAAGGGAGAUUGCUGUUAAGAAGAUGAACCAAGAAGAUUUUGCCGGUAAAGGCCUCAAAGAAUUCGAAUCCGAGGUCACUGUUCUAACCAAGGUUCAUCACCGCAACCUAGUGUCUCUUUAUGGGUAUUCCAUUGAAGGAAACGAUAGGCUAGUAGUCUAUCAGUACAUGCCCCAAGGCACAUUGAGCAAACAUCUGUUUCACUGGAGUGACCACAGUUUGAGACCACUCGACUGGACUACACGCCUCAGUAUUGCAUUGGAUGUUGCUCGAGCAGUAGAGUAUCUCCAUACGCUGGCUCUCCAGAGCCAAAGCUACAUCCAUAGGGACUUGAAACCGCCAAACAUUCUUCUCGGGGAUGAUUUACGAGCCAAAGUAUCUGACUUUGGAUUAGUGACUGCUACAGAAGAAGGCAGAGAAUCAGUCAAGACCAAGUGUCGUGGGACACCCGGUUACAUGGCACCUGAAUAUUGUAUAGUUAUCUUAUUCCUCUGUCAAUUAUCUAUAUUUGAUUGUGUAAUUUAUUUUGGAAACUAACAACUAAAAUAUCUGUAAUUGCAGUGGACGGAAGGGUUACGAGAAAGAUCGAUGUUUACAGCUUCGGAGUCAUCCUCAUGGAGCUCAUAACCGGCAAGAAAGCUACAGACCUUAGCCGAGCUGAAGACGAUAUCCAUAUCACAGCAUGGUUCAGGAAGAUGCUUCGCGAAGAAGAAACUUUCUCGGAAGCUAUUGACAGAAACAUUAUCGCCAACCAGGAGACUCAGCGGACCAUAUACAAAGUUGCAAAACUAGCAAGACAAUGCUGCACAAGGACACCUGAGCAGAGACCAGACAUGGCUCAGGUCGUCAGCUUCCUUUCCUCGCUGAUUGAGCGGUGGGAACCCAGCGGCGAAAUCCAAGAUUUCGAUGAAAAUACAGUUUCUUCGGAUAUGAGAGCAGAAUGGGAGAAUAUUGUGAAGGGAAGCAGCAGUAUGGUGUGAUAAUGUAGAGUUUUGGAAAAGCUAUGCAGCUAGACAUGGUGUUGUUUCGUAAAUUCAAAUAUGUUUCUCUGUUUAAUCUUAGCUUUGUUUCAAAUUGUAUUUAGCUUUGGUUAUGUUGUGUCUCCCUCCUUCAGGGCUUGGUCUCCAGAAGAACUUAGUUCUUGCUGGCUGUUCUAUUCUAAAAACACAUCUCAUCUUGUAUCCCUCCUUGUUCAUAUAAUCAAACUUGUCUUAGCUUUAAAAAAAAGAAGCUCAUCCCUAUAGUAUUAUACACAUAUGAAACCAUUUAAGCUCUUCUCACUUGAACCAUGUAAGGAUUUUGGUUCGCAUUCAUGCUAAUUUAAAUUGGGUAUUUUUUUAAAUAUUUUUAUUUUUUAUUAAUUUUAAAUUUUAUAACGGGUAGCCAUAGAUAAUAUUGAUAUAUCAUUGACGAGUAAGACAACAACUAGGCCUGGGCGAAAAUAACUAUACCCGAAGCCCAUACCUUUACCCGAACCGAAGUAGCGGGUUCGGAUCGGUAACGGAUCCAUGCUAAAUACUGAAUGGGUCUUAACCUCUUGGCUUUCGGAUAACCGAUCGGUUCGGUUGUAAACCGAGCCGAAUGAAGCACCCGAGCUAAACCGAUCUUAUAUAUAAUUUAUGUUAUAUGCUGUUACAUUUACAUACUUUCCAUGUAUUUUCCUCUCUUUCCUGUUCUCGGCGACCAGCCCUAAUCCAAAAAGAACAAUGUUUUUUUGAUUCAAUCUUAUAAUAAUAAAAUGGAACCAUAAAUCUCUUUGUCUCUCUGUCUCAUGCUUUAUCUGAGGAUUAGAAGAAUCAAAAUCAAUCACAGGUUCAUAAGUUUUCUUUCUUCUUCUUCGGUUUUUUUCUGGAAAUUUUUAAUCGAUUCCAAAUCAAUAGAAACAUCUUCUAUUUGCAUGUCUUUUGAUUUUUUCAUUAAUUCAUCUUUUAUAUGCAUGUUUUCUGUAAUUUCUUGUUCUUAUUAUUCACUUAAAUAUGUGCUUUUAUGUUUACAGGUGGUUUUGACAUCAUCUUUUGAUUGAGAAACCACAACAAAGAAGAUGAAUCUGAAGCUGUUAACGAUCGUUUGUAUUUUCAUAGUGGGGACAUGCAAAAUUGCUUAUGGUUUAAUUCGUGUUGUUUAAUACUCUAGUACUAUUCUGUGGCUUUCAAUUUCAGUAUCUUUCUAAGUUUUAGAUUCAAGUUUGUUCUGUUUUGGUGUGUUAAUGAAUGGGUAGUUCGGGUUUCUUCCGGAUUUUUUGGUUAUUUUGAUUACAAAACCCGAAACCGAACAAGGUCCAUUUCAAUUUCGGGUUUAAGCGGAUCUUCUGAGCUUUAUCUGGACCGAUCCGAACCUGGUUGGUUCCGAACCGAUACCGUACCGGAAAUUUUAAAAAACCGAAUGGGACUUCUAGGCUUACAUCCGAAAAUCCAAAACCCCGUUUAAACCGAACCGAAUCCGAUGGGGGGACCGAACGCCCAGGCCUACAACAACAUUGGUUUUUUUUUUUGGACGACUUAAAAUGCAAAUCAUAAAUGAUAGAUCUAUCUCAUGAUCUACGCAUACUUUUAUGCAGUCGUCAUCAGUUUUACAAUAGCCUUGGUACUUACAUUCAGCAGCUGAAAAUCAUUUAAAACAAGUAAUAUGAAUAAUUUUUCAAAAACAAAAAAAACUGAUUUAACUUAUUUUAUAUAGAGUUCUUAUUUAUAUGAAAAAGAAGAAUAAAAUAUUAACAAAUGAUUGAAAAAAAUGAUAGGAAGCAAUUAAGAAAAUGAAGAGUAGAGAUGUAAACUGAAUCUUUUCCGUUGACAUGAUUGUCUUUGUAGCUUUUAGUUUGAUGAAGAUAAAGUUAUAUGUUUUUUGGGUUUAGAGCAAAUGGUUAUCUAUACUAUACAAUACUAUACUAUAUUAUACUUAUAUUUGUUGUUGGAUAAGCUUGGGAUACAAGUUUCCUUUUCCUAUUUUAAGUUGUGAUUAUCUUUAGGAUUAGGAGAUAUGAUAAUACUAAGUGAUUUAGGAUAUUUCGAGUCCUAUAUAUAUAUGGAUGCAAGGUGUGAUGCAUGAUGUGUGAUUUUGAGACUUGUGAUUUGUGAUUGAGAUCGUUGUGAUUGAAUAAGAGAAGGACUUCUUAUUAUUGUGAUUCUAUAUUUGGUAUCAGAGCAAAGCAUAACUUUGAAGUUUCCAAUCGACAACAAUGGGAGACGGCAAAAGUGAUAUCGUGUUACACCAAGAUGGCAGACCUACUUCUGUCAAAUUUCCGAUGCUAACUUCAUCGAACUAUACUGUCUGGGCCAUGCGAAUGAAGAUAGCACUGAAAGUCAGCGAAGUAUGGGAAACAAUAGACCCCGGAACCAAAGACGAGAAGAAAAACAAUAUGGCUAUUGCAUUCUUAUUACAAUCUAUACCAGAAACUUUGGUCUUACAGGUUGGCGACAUUGAUACAGCAAAGGCGGUCUGGGAAGCAAUAAAAGCGAGACAUGUCGGAGCUGAGCAGGUGAAAGAAGCAAGGUUACAAACCUUGAUGGCUGAGUUCGAUAGAAUCAAGAUGAAAGAUGGAGACACGAUUGAUAUAUUCUCUGGAAAACUAUCUGAAAUAGCUUCUAAAUCUGCCUCCUUAGGAGAAACAAUUGAAGAACCAAAGUUUGUGAA